AUGUACGGACCGCAUAUGGGAAUGCCUUAUCUGGGAGCUGCUCCUAGCGAGUACAUGGGGCAUCCGGGGGACUACGCCGCCGUUCCCCAUCACCCGCACUUGGCGGAGGGCAUGCGAGGCCCGCGGCCUUCGAAGAAGCAAAAGCGGAGCGGCGCACAUAUUCCGCCGAUAGGCGCAGCGGCUGUCGCUGGGAGCACGGAGCGCAAAGUGAAGCAGGAAGCGGAGGGGGGAGUCGGCGGAAGGCCGGCGGAAGGGACGGCGGACGAUGCUUUCUUGGAUAUCCUGUCGUUCGAUGAUGUGGACCGGUUCUUUGUAGAUGAAGCUAAUGAAUGCACGCCAGUAGUGGACGGGCGCACGGGAAGAGAAGUUCCAGACGCUCCUCAGAUUCCACAUGACCACUGCGCGCAGCAGUCGCAGACGCAGCAGCCUGCGCGGGGGUUAACGGCUACAAACCCUGUCAGCCUCGGCACGAAGAUUAGCGCCGACGCGAUAGUUGCGCCGUCGUUCAGCCGCGCGAGCUCCAGCAGCGGCUGUGGCGCAGGCGCGGCGCGCGCGAGCGGCGCGGGGGAGAGUGCGAGCGGAAGAGACGCGGAGAUAGAGGGGGAGGGGGAGGUGAAGCUGGAGACGCAGGGAUUAGAGGAGUUUAUCAUCAGUUACGGGGAGGAGGAGGGCGAGACGGAAGGGUGGUUCGUGGGAGGGUGGGGCUUGGACGAAUCUGCAGAGGCGGAGAGUGAGGUCGAUGUGGAGCCUCUUGAAGGCUCCCCCACCGCGGGGGACGCCAGUGGCGCAACCAGCGAGAGCGCGGCCGCGCUAAACCCCCCUAAGGCGCAGCUCGGGAAGCGGCCCCGCGCGGAGGACGUGUUCGGUAGCAACAGUGGUGGUCCCGCAGCGGAAGGCGUGGAUGCAGAGGGAGGGAUGGCGGUGAAGCUGGGUAGUCGCAAGGAGCUGCAGCAGCAGUCACCGAGCCUGCGUCUGAACUAUGAGGACGUGAUCAGCGCGUGGUCCGACCAGGCGCCUGAAGGCCAGUCGCCGUGGAUUGAGCAGGAAGAGGAGGAGGGCGCCAGUGCGGAGAAGCGCGACGGUCUUAAUCGCCCACUGCUUGCCAACCUCCCUGGUCUCGCCACAGCCUCUCCUUCAUUACCCGGCUGCGCUCAAGACACCGACGUGGCCAGUCCGGGUGAGCAAUGGGGCGAGCAGCAGCAUGAGCAGCAGCCUGCGAUGGACAGUGACACAUUUGAGCUUUUCUCCAACGAGGGCAGGGAGGCCCGUGUGAUGCGUUACCGCGAGAAGCGCAGGAACCGGCUCUACUCCAAGAAGAUUCGAUAUGAAGUGCGCAAGGUCAACGCCGACCAGCGGCCCCGUGUGAAGGGAGAGGAGGUGCUGGAGCUGAUGCGCAUGGGGGAAGGCGGAGGGAUGGAUGAUAUGUGGACCGAUGAUGAGGCUCGGACAUGGUCCGAUGCAGGACGAGAUGAUUGGAGUGAUGCAGAGGACUGGGGCGCUGCAGAAGAGUGGCGGGUUAGAGACGCUUGGGGAGAGAAAGAGAAGUGGGGCGGUGACAAGGAGUUGAAUGGGAGGGAGGAAUGGGGGGACACGGAGAAUUGGAGGGCAGGGGCGGAUCGUGAGCGUGAGCGUGAGAGGGCACUGGAAGCUCAAGUGCAGGGCCAGAUUCGCGGCCAUGAGGCUGACUUGUCAGGGCUUGCGUUUGCGGAGCAGCAGCAGGCAGGGUUGCCGUAUGCUGUGGGGCUGGCUUCUGUACAGCAACCACUGGACCUUCUGUGGGCCGACGAGCUCAGUGGGGGGCAGUGGGACGGUGGAGGGGAGAUGAUGGGAGAAAGCACCGGAUUGAUGGGUCUGGAGAGUGUGGGUGAGAGGCAGAGAGAAGAGGGGGGGGAUGGGGAGGGAGGUGGGAGGAAGAAGAGGGAGAAGGGAGCGAAGGUUAAAGUUGUUGACCUGGGCAGGUUGAAAGAGAAGCUGGAAGGGUUCUGUGAGGAGCAGGGGUUGGAACCAGGCACAAUGCCGACACGGGGGAUUUUGCGGGCAGCCCGGAGAUCGGAUAUUGAGAAAGAGAUUCAGUUUGCAGGGGGAGUGCAUGCAGUGGCGCAAAAGCUCAACAUGCAAGUGGCAAGGAAACCGAGAGGGUACUGGGAUGACCUGGCGAAUCUGAAACAAGAGGUGCUUCAGUUUCAGAUGGAUCAUAACCUGCCGCACAACAAGAUGCCGUCACGCAUGCUCCUACAGAAGCACGGUAGGGGAGACUUGGCGAGGACUUUUGAGAAGUGGGGAGGGUUGCAUGAGGUGGCACGGAUGUUGGAUCUGCUUCCAAGAUUCAAACGGCCUCGAAACCCACGAUCAGGCAAAACAGCUGCCUUAGAAAAGCAAGCGGAGGAAGAAGUGGUGGAGGGCAAGGCAAAUUCCGUGGUUACAAGUGCUUCUAGUGGAGAAGAGGCGGAGUGGGCGGUGGCUAAUAAGAGAGAGAAAGCGAAGAAAGAUUACCCGGUUAAGGCUGCAGUGCCGAACAAGUCUAAGAAAUG